GACCAAAUAUGUAAUUUUCAUUAUUAGUAGAUCCACAAUAAUAGUUUUAUACUAUGAGCAUAUAAAAAUAGUAAAUCUUUAGCUCUUCUUCUUUCUCUCUCUAUUAUUACAUACACAUAUACACUCAUAAUUUCCCUAUAUAUACAUUUGGUCCCCCUUCACUUCCCAUAAACCUAAUUUCAACUCACCAAUUUCACUAAGCAAAUAAUACUCACAACAAAAAAACCCUAUCAACUUCUUCUUCUUCUUCUUGUUCUUGAAAUUGUUAGCCAUGAGUUAUGAACCAAACACAACCUUAAACCUAAGCCUAUCAAGAAAUGAGAUUUUACUUGAUCAAUCUUCGUCAUCGUCGUCGUCGUCCCCCUUAAGUCCAAAUGAGCCACGUAUUUUCUCAUGCAACUAUUGUAGAAGAAAGUUUUAUAGUUCACAAGCUCUAGGAGGGCAUCAAAAUGCACAUAAACUUGAAAGAACCCUAGCCAAGAAGAGUAGGGAGAUGACUACAUCGUCCCUUCUGCCUCAUUCUGGUUGGUCCAAUAAUAAUAACAAUAACAACAAUAAUAAUAAUAAUCAGACCAGUGGCUCGUUGAGCCCUAGUGGUCCGAGCCAUGGCGGUCGUGGUUAUGGUUAUGGUCAUGGUGCUAGGUUUGUUACUAAUAAUGAUAUAAUGAGGUAUGGAAGAAGAGAAAUGGUGAUAAAUUAUGGCUCUAUGAAAAAUGGGGAAUGGAGAGAUUGACGAUGAUGUCACUCAUCGAAGUACUGGGCUAGGGUGGAUGAAAUGGAGGCUUCUCGCUUUUGGUAUCUAGUGCGACAAAGAGGUAUCUCCUAAACUCAAAGACAAGUUCUACAGAAUGGUGGUUAGACCAGCUUUGUUGUAUGGAGCAGAGUGUUGAACUGUCAAGAAGUCUCACGUCCAAAUGAUGAAGGUGACGGAGAUGAGAAUGUUACGGUGGAUGUGUAAGUGUACUAGGAAAGAUAGGAUUAGAAAUGAGGUUAUCCGAGAUAAGGUGGGAGUGGCUUCCGUGGAAGCCAAAAUGAGGGAAGUGAAUUUGAGAUGGUUCGGCAUGUGAUGAGGAGGGGCAUUGAUGCCCAUGUAUGGAAAUGUAAGAGGUUGACUAGGGGUGAAUUCAGGCGAGGUAGAGGUAGACCGAAGAAAAUAUUGGAGGGAGGUGAUUAGACAUGACAUGGAGUAGCUUCAGCUUACCGAGGACAUGACCCUAGAUAGGAAGGUGUGGAAGAGGCAGAUUAGGGUAGAUGGAUAGUAGGAAUGAGUGCGUCAAUGCUAGUAGGUACGAGGAUUUUGUUAUUCGUGUUAAUAACUAUAGUACUAAUAUUAUUUCAAAAUAUUGUAUUGUUUAUUGUAUUACUUAGUGAGUCCUGUUUAUGAUUAUUGGGUGCGGUAAUUUCUAA